AUGGGUAUCUCUCGUGAUUCACGUCAUAAAAGAUCAGCUACUGGUGCCAAAAGGGCUCAGUUUAGAAAGAAGAGAAAGUUUGAAUUAGGUAGACAAGCUGCUAAUACUAAGAUUGGUACCAAGAGAAUUCAUUCUGUUAGAACUAGAGGUGGUAAUGAAAAAUUUAGAGCUUUGAGAAUUGAAACUGGUAACUUCUCUUGGGCUUCCGAAGGUGUCGCCAAGAAGACCAGAGUUGUAGGUGUCGUCUACCACCCUUCCAACAAUGAAUUGGUUAGAACCAACACUCUAACUAAGGCUGCCAUUGUUCAAAUUGAUGCUACUCCAUUCAAGCAAUGGUAUGAAGCUCAUUACGGUCAAACUUUAGGUAAAAAGAAGAAUGUCAAGGGUUCUGCUGAAGAAGAAACCAUUAACAAGUCUAAAAAUGCUGAAAGAAAAUGGGCUUCAAGAGCUGCUUCUGCCAAGACUGAACAAGCUGUUGAAUCACAAUUUGGUGCUGGUAGAUUAUACGCUUGUAUUUCUUCAAGACCAGGUCAAUCAGGUAGAUGUGAUGGUUACAUUUUGGAAGGUGAUGAAUUAGCCUUCUACUUAAGAAGAAUGACCGCUAAAAAAUAA